CAUUGCAAGGCCAUCAGUCCAAAGACUGGCUGGACCCGUAUAUUUACUCAUUUCUUUCGAAAGCCAAUCUUCGCAUUUCCUCAAAACUACAUAAUUUUAUCUAUUCGCAAAAAAGUAAUUUAAUUCACAUAUGUCUACCUAUGCCCCCCCUGGAAUCCUAUUUCUGUUAAUAAUAUGCCCCUAACUAUAAUAAAUGCGACAAGAUAUUCUAAGUUGUGAGAAAGAUAAACAAUUGUAGUGAAAGGUAACAUUUAAAGGAAUAAAUACAACAAGGAUUAUUAGGCUUAUAAAUAAGAUUAUUACCAGGGAUUAACGGUACUUUUUAAAAUGCUAAGAAUGAGAAGAUAUUCUGGGCUCUUGGUGAAUAUUAACACUUGAAAUGAUAGGUAAUAAUUGAAGGAUUAAAUGUAGGAAGGACUUCAAGGCUUAUAAAUCAAAUCAUCACCAAAGAUUAAGGGUACUUUUUAAAAUGCUAAGAAUGAGAAGAUAUUGUGGGCUCUUGGAGAAUAUUAACACUUGAAAUAAUAGGUAAUAUUUAAAGAAUUAAAAGAGUUUUAUCUCGGACUAAAGGUGUCGACGAAAUUGUUAAGUGUUAAUACGAGUUUUAAUUUUUAAAGAAAUAAUAUUUACUUAAAAUGAAAGAUAAUUAAACAAACAUUUAACUGAAAGCGGUAUCAAUUCCGGUCGCAAACUAAACAGUGGACUAAUAAUAAUAACAAUAAUAAAUACUCUCCAUUAUUAAUAGAAAUAGGUGUCCUACCAUCCUUGUCUUCCAUAGCGCCCUUAGUUGUCCUACCUUUUCUAGCACUUCCUUAUAUUUAACCUUGUCUUUUCUGUCAUGCGCACCAUUCACGUUUCGCACUCGAACAGAGGCAAAAACACAUGUUUACAAUUUAAAAAUUUACUUUGUAUCUUUCAGAAAAAUACAUGAGUAUCCUGGAAGUGUACGGAAUGGAAAUGCCUAGCAUGUUCCAAAUUUGGUACUACUGGUUCACCUUAAAUCCUAAUCGUUUCGUUCACUUGUUGUUCGUCUUCUUCUUCCACAGUUUGCCGGCUUACGCGGCGGACGUGAUACUCUUUUGUAUAGGCAAGAAACCCAGAAUGGUAACAAUUUACAAAAAAGUGGGAAAAUUCUCGGACGUCAUUUCGUAUUUCUGUACGAGACAGUGGCAGUUUACCAAUUCGAACAGCCGGAAGUUGUGGGAAGAAAUGAACGAUCAGGAUAAGCAGUUGUUCACGUUUGACAUGAAAGAGUUCGGAUGGGAGAAGUUUUUAUUGUCGGCAAUGAAAGGGGGUAGAAUAUAUUUGCUCAACGAUCCCAUGGACACCGUAACCGACGCCCUCCGGAGGUUAUACUAUUUCCGGAUAGCACAUUACGUUGUCGUGGGAGCUGUCUGUCUGGGACUGUUGAAAGUUACGUCAAUCGUCCUGCGUUCGAUUGUUCUGUCCUUUUAACUGAAUCUGGCGCUAGAUCGCUUAUUUAAGGGCAUUCAAAGACGGUUCCUCUGUUCUUAAAUAUUAAGAAGCAAUUAUCGCGUUGAGAUUCUCAAUCAAGGAGGAAAAUGCACUGAAUUUGAUUGAUUGUUGGGAUCUAUUAAGGAUGUAGGAACUUAUUGUGACUUAUUGUGAUUGUGCUAUGUGAACGAUAUUAGUUAUAUUAAUUAUAUUAUGGGAUCUGUCUAAAAUUAUGUACAAAAUGUUAAUUAAAUUAAUUUAGUUUUUUA